AUGUCUGCUUUUGCUGAGAGCGAUUUUAAUGCUGAUCGAUAUGAUCGUUCUAGACCAUCAUACCCUAGUGAUUUCUAUCGAAUUCUAGAUCAGUAUCAUAAAGGCCAACGUCAUUUGCUCGUUGAUGUCGGAUGUGGACCCGGAACUGCCACAUUGCAGAUGGCCAAAGAGUUGAGAGAGUUUGACAAGAUCAUAGGAACUGAUAUAUCUGAUGCUAUGGUAAAAAAGGCCCAGCAGUCGCAGUCAACUGUCAAACAUGAAAGGUUAUCUUUUGCACUGGUGCCAAGUGACGACUUUUCAUUUUUGGGCCCAGUGGAAAAUGACAGGCAGGUUGUUGAUAUGAUCACAGCUGUAGAAUGCGUGCAUUGGUUCGAUUACCAAAAAUUUCAGGCCUCAAUUGCAGCUAAUUUGCGUUCCAAUGGCACUAUUGCGAUCUGGGGAUAUGCGGAUGCUGUAUUUAUCGAUUAUCCCGACUUGGAUGACAUUUUGGAUGAUGUAGCUUAUGGCAGCGACCAAUUGGGACCUUACUGGGAGCAACCAGGACGUAAAAUUCUGCGUACCAUGCUAGCGAACUGGAGUUUUAAUCUGGAUAAAUUUACUGAUAUCCGUGAAGUUAAUUUGAAGGCCACAUCUUUGCGUACCACUUCAGUCUCCGAAAUCCAACCACAGCCUCUUGUAAUUGUCAAAGAAAUGACGGUGGCCGACUACGCCGCCUAUGUUAAGACUUGGAGUGCCUAUCAUGCAUGGUACAAAAAGUUUGGCGAUUCGAAGCCAGACGUUACAGAAGAGUUUGUGAAGCGAGUGAACAGCACGUAUCCGGAGCUUACCGCAAAUUCAACGGUCAAAGUUGCCUGGAAUACCUUCUACAAAUUUGCCAGGCGUAUCUAG